GUGUGGAAGCCCGCAACUUCUGGUCAACAUUCUUGUUGCACUCGGUUUCGCAUGAACCAUCAUGGCACAGCGAUUACUGCAGUCGUUUCGUCGAAUUCCCGGCCAUUUGGCAUCUUUUAGGAAAAAACCGGAACCUAUUGAAGCUCAUGGAAGCUCGUACAAGAUAAACGUCGUAGGUUUUCUCUAUUUGCUAAAUUUACUUAAGUGCGCGGAUUACGGUUUUCCUGCCAAACCGACUUCCAUUGCCUACGAUCCAACGUUAGAUCUUAUCGCGCUACUAACGCGAGAUGGAAACCUCUACAUCUACGGUAAACCAGGUGUUGUGUUUAAAGGUAGUCACAGCGCAGUCGCAGAAUACAUUCAAGUGUUAUUUCUCAAUGGAAGCCGCAAACUAAUUACGCUGACCGAUUCCGAUGAUAUUUACCUUUGGGAGCUCACCUCAACCACGCAAGCCUCAGUUCGCUUGGUGCAAAUCGCUUGUUUGCGAGAAGCUACCUCUUCUUUGCGUUCUAACUCUGUCAAUGGUGUAAACCACUCGGAUUGCAUCGCGGUUACUGAUGGGUCCGUGCACAUCACAUCCAUUUGUUGCACAUCAGAUGGCCGAAGUUUCCUCAUAGGUACAGACCAUGGAUGGGUAGCGUCUGUACGUUUGAACUUACCUUCGAAAUCGAGCAUUCCAUCGAAAGAUUUCGAAUAUUUAACUCUACCGACGCCUGAGGACUCAAUCACCCCGGCGAGGAUACUGAGCAAUUUCCUCAUAGGUACAGACCAUGGAUGGGUAGCGUCUGUACGUUUGAACUUACCUUCGAAAUCGAGCAUUCCAUCGAAAGAUUUCGAAUAUUUAACUCUACCGACGCCUGAGGACUCAAUCACCCCGGCGAGGAUACUGAGCAAUCUUUCUCCUACUCGUCAUCAGCGUUUGCGGCUGGACGCCGUCGUAGUUCUUUCUGAAAGACCUGGAUUUCCUGGACAGCUGUUGAUAGGAUACAAUUCAGGCUUGAGUUUGAUUUUCGAUCUCAGAGCUGACCGGAUCGUUGCUCUACUGCAGUGGAAACAUCACCUCGAGGCAGCCACUUGGUGUGGAGGAAGUGGUUUGCCAUCACGGACGGCACCUCCCAACGCCUCUCCAGUCCACCUGGGAAUGCGUCUGCUAACUGCGCAUUCGGAUGGAUCGCUUGGGGUUUGGAACCUGAAGGAUAUUGGGUUCACCGUAGUCACUUCUUCACCAGCAUCUGAACCGCCAUCGUUGACUAUGGAGGAGCCACCUACAAUGCCAUACGGACCAUUUCCGUGCAAGCUGAUCAGCAAGGUCUUUUGGCUACCAUCACCAUCUGGUGGUAUCACGGCAUUUGUUGGAGGGAUGCCUCGCGCCACUUACGGAGAACGCCACACAGUCAGCCUGCUUCGUGGGUCGAACUUAGAUCGUGCAGCAGCAGCCAAUUUGGUGGCGGCACGCAUUGCUGCAGUUGUGGAGGCAGAUGACGAUGACGACGAUCUCCUCGACUCUAAUCUAGCUCCAAGCACACCGAUGCACGUAUUCGAUCCGGACGCACCCGAGCACGUCUGUUUUGAUUUGCCUUCGAGGUUGGUGGAUCUGCUUCCCGUCGGUCCAGUCGGGGGUCCUGCUCAGAUUUUACUUAUCCUUUGUGAAGAAGAACUGGUGGUUGUGGAUUUGUUCACGCCUGGUUGGCCUUUUAUGCGUCCACCCUAUCUGACCUGCCUCCACACAGCUAAUAUCACCGCCCACAGUCUUGUCACACAGGUGAAUCCAAAUCUCCUGGCACAACUUGAAGCUGCUGGUGUUUAUUAUGGUCCUGAAGGCAGAUUCGGACGUGGUAGCGCGGUUUUAUCCAGUCCAAAUUCAGCUGGUUGGUCCCAUCGUCAAUGGCCUAUUCAAGGUGGUCAAGCCCUAGUCAAUGGAUCUCGACUCUCGUCAUCUUCAAUAGACGAUAACUUAUUGUUUACCGACGAUUUACUCCUCACGGGGCACGAAGAUGGCUCCGUUGUCUUUUGGCGUCUCAGUCCUGGGGGGUGUGCGCGACGUAUUUAUACUUUGCACACCUGUGUUCUUUUCGAGGGGGAAUUCGGCCUUGUGAGUCACGCCAGUGAUUUAGAUGAAGACGCUGAUUCAUGGCCGCCAUUCCGACAAGCUGGAGUUUUUGAUCCCUUUAUGGAUGACAGUCGGGCUGCUGUUCAGGUUGUUCGACUUGUCGGUAACACUCUUGCGGUUGGCGGGGCUGCUGGACAAGUAACUGUUUGGCAGUUUUUGGACUACUCGCCUCCACUUAGCCCUACAUCCUUACCUAUCAAGCCAGAACUGCCGGGAUUUCAAUGGAAAGGGUAUGCGCCUUUAAAGCUUCGUGCUGGCGUUGAACUUGGCGCGAUUCUCGGCCCACAACAAACAACGAAGCCACCUGCUCAACUUCAACCGAUUGGAGUUAUUUUGGCUCAACCACCGGCUCGGUGUACGGCGCUGAGCUUUUCCGAGAUUCGACAGCAAACAUCAGCAGCGAAACCACAGAAUCCUCUCAGUUCCCCCAACCCGGGGGUUAUGGUCGCUGUAGGCACACCGCAUGGUUAUGGUGUUGUCUACUUACCACCACCUAAUAACCUUCCACUCCAUGGAAAGCUGGGCCCACACAACUGCUCAUUGCUGAAAGUACCCUACCGGACAACUAUGAAGCCUUACAGGAGGCUGCGGCCGGAGAGGGAUGGGCACGACGUCGCACACGAGAACUCAAGAAGAGUCUGCUACGACGACCAAUCACCUGCUCAACUUCAACCGAUUGGAGUUAUUUUGGCUCAACCACCGGCUCGGUGUACGGCGCUGAGCUUUUCCGAGAUUCGACAGCAAACAUCAGCAGCGAAACCACAGAAUCCUCUCAGUUCCCCCAACCCGGGGGUUAUGGUCGCUGUAGGCACACCGCAUGGUUAUGGUGUUGUCUACUUACCACCACCUAAUGUCCCCCCCUCAGAACCUUCCACUCCAUGGAAAGCUGGGCCCACACAACUGCUCAUUGCUGAAAGUACCCUACCGGACAACUAUGAAGCCUUACAGGAGGCUGCGGCCGGAGAGGGAUGGGCACGACGUCGCACACGAGAACUCAAGAAGAGUCUGCGUGACUCGUUUCGACGUCUCAAACGAAUGCGUUCAACCAAGCGAGCAACCAAUGAAGUACCGGCGACGACCAAUCUCAGUAGAGCUGGUGUUCGUCGAACUGUCACACAGAACACUCGUGGUAUUGGUCGGAACAUUGACAGUGGUCCUCUUGAAGACGCCGAACUCCGUGCGAUAGGUAUGAAUGAUCCACCUGAAUUUAGCUCUUCUGGUCUUCCACCUGUUGGUAUCGAGCGCGAAAUCUGUGAUCGCCCCACUGACUCAGCUAGUGUCGCCAUUGUUUCCUAUUUUGUCUACGGUCCUCCGUUGUUCCGGUUCUCUUCAUCGUCCUCUGCCUCACAAACGGCCAAUCAACCAAUCGGAUCCUUGUUUGUGGGCACCAAAGCCGGUAUUGUCAAGGCCUACGCACUGUUCGCUGACCGAAGCCUGCAGUCUUCGCAGCCUCCAACUGUGUUUCGCAUGCAACUGGCGAAACAGCUCAUCCUGCAACACCGUGCACCUAUCCUCAACCUUCGUCUAGUGGAUGGCAAAUCAAAUCAUCCCCUUCCAAGUUCUGCUCUAUACUUUCAUUCAAACCUCUCCAAUCACGCUACUGUUCCGCCCAACUUGCUGGUUGUUAGUGAGGAACAAGUGCGGUUGUUCACCCUACCUGCACUUCGCCUCCGCUUCAAAGCGCGUAUUACAGCCAAGGACGGCUACCGUAUCAAAGCUGGCACAGUUGUCUCCUUUCGAAUAAGCGACAGGUCGCGUCGAGGUUCUGUGGACAAAGUAGGAGAUGAUUCGGCUUUUGGCGACUUGGAUCGUUCUGGAGCCAGUACAGCCUCAACUCCGAAUCACUUCGGUACACAAGGUGACCUGUGUUGGUCGGAAUUCUCGUUCGUAUUCACUAAUGUCGGGGGACAAGCUGUCGUCCUCAGUAUGCCCCAUUUGUCACGAAAGGAUACUUUCCAUGUGUUGGAUUCAAAUGAUGUAGUAGCUGUGAGUUCUGUGAUGUUUUCAGAACCCGGUACCGUGGAUUUCUCACAUGCUCAGUCGGUAACAGCACCGUCACUUGGUGUCUACCAACUCGCCCCAGGACAGGUAACUCUGUUCGACGUUACGCGUGUUGGCCAGCGAGCCAGUCUUCUCGGCGCUUCCUACCGACCAAUCCAUCGGAUUCCAAACCAACCACCUGGACCCAUGAAGCCUUUACCACCUCCGGUCCCACAGAUCGCCCUGCCAUUAAACAACGGGUCGACAGCUGACUCUAGUGGUGUUUCUAGUAGGAUUUUCCCGCUACCUCAUCCAAAACACUCAACGUUUUCUGUUCAUACCACCACCGGCUGUUCGACUUCGUUCACGGGUAGUCAGAUCAAUUCCUCCAUGUUAUCCAAUACCCUGAGCGAUUCAGUACGAGAUUGUUUUAGCUCGCCCGGGUCAUCCUUUGUCAGUGACCAGUAUGUGGACCGUCGUCACGUGUCCUGAGCUGACCGCUUCGUCUUAAUCAACAGCUGCAACUGAUGGCCUUCAUGCUGUCGGUCCUCCUUGUUCAGCACUUCGGUGACCAGCAUACAUAUCACAAGCUUUGCUUUCCUGUUUACACUCACCUUUUUGUGACGGCAUAAUUUUCUAAACACUGAUUUCUUGUCCUCAGGCAACCAGUGUCCCUAGGUUCGUGCACAAAUACGGACUCAAUUCUAAUUGUGGUAUUUUCAACGCCGAUGUGUUAUACAUUCUGCCCCACCAUCAACUCUAGAUUCCACGAUCGGAACUGUAUCGUUGCCCAUCCCCGUUUUCAUUGGCCUGCUUUGCUUAAGUUUUGUUAAUGAAGAACCGCUAUCCACACUUCCUAUAUGCUUGGUUUCCCACUCCAACAAUUUCGAUCAAAUAUCAUUUACCAAAAUGCGCACAUCAGUCUCGGCCUUCUGGAAAACUGUUACCCUCCCUCUACAAUUUUGUGCAACGGUCCGUACUCGACUUGCCCGUUUCCACCCAUUCUUAAUGUUUCAUCAAAUGGUUAUAUUUUGUUUUUUUCUAAAUUACACUACGGAAG